AUGGGUCUGAAAGGCAAGUUGAUUGGUUCGAUAGAGGUUAAGUGUGGAGGACACUUGAUUCAUGAUAUUUUGCACGUCAAUCCUCGAAAUGUACCCAACAUAACCAAGAUUAAUCAUUUUGAGAUGGAUCAUGAAGGUGAAAGCAUAAAGAUUGGCUCGAUAGUUAGUUGGACAUAUAAUGACGACGGAUCUGAAAAGGAUAAAAUUGUUAAGGAAGUGAUUGAGGCAAUUGAUCCUGAGGAGAAAUCGAUCACUUGGAAGGUAAUUGGAGGAGAUCUGCUAGAGUUGUAUGAUUCUCUUACUAUUAUCACAGCAUGUGAACAUGAGUGGACUACAUGUUCAUUUAUAUAUGAGAAAAAAACUGAAGACACCCCAGAACCUCUUGUUCCAUUUGGUUUCCUCCUUAAUUUGAUCAAGGAAAUGGAGGGUCAUCUUCUCAAAUAAUACAAGAUCAAUCUGGUAUCUGAUAGUUCUUAUCGUUACGUAUUUGUGUAUGUCUACGUGUACACGCGUGUGAAUUUAUGAAUAUCUAUAUAUAUAUAUGUGUG